AAAUUUCCGUCAAUCUAUUCCAAGGAGAAUCGAAUGCCUCGACACAAAAUGGUCGAAGGAAGAUGUGAUACGCCCAGUUGAAUAAUGGCGAAAUAUCCGGAGGCCGGCUCUGUGUACUAGGACCUUGGAAAAAGGAGACGAAGAAAAAGAAAUGAGGAUGUCUUUUAUCUUGUUUCAAUUGUCGACGAUGAAACCCACUCUACUACAUUGGAUCUUGUUCAAUAUUAACUCCGGCGUUGAGAAUAAUUUGCUAGCCUUCGGGAGGGGUGUUGUUUAUGACCCCUGUCUUUGUUUGUCUCUCUAAGAAUCCACUCGGGCGAGGAACGCGAUUUCCAAUAUGCCAGAAAAAGCGAAUAAAACGUUUUUGCCGUCAUCACCGUGCAAGAAUGGCCAUCCAGUAGUCAACGAAACAGACACUUUACUCCCGAUGCCAGCGGUCGUUUCCUCUCACAGCAGUCUGCUCGGAGACUUGGGUCGGUGCCAGGGUUUCUCGAGGCAGGAGACCAAGUAUCUCUAUCUCGAGUUCGAUACGGCCCUCCCGACUCCGCGAAUUGCAUUGCCCCCGGGACCUGGGCAACUACCACCACCGGAACAACCAUGCCUGAAGAAAUAUACUUCUCCGUACCUCUGGCCGAAAUGGCGCAAGUCAAUGCUGACCUGCAUCUCAUGUAUCUCGACAGCGAUAGCCGGUUAUUCCACUGGUGAGAUUAGUCCGGCAUCGGAAGAAUUAAUGAAACAAUGGGGCAUAAGCAGCGUGGUGUACAAUCUGGGAAUCACAAUAUUCUGUAUCGGGUUUGCGCUGGCGCCUAUGGUAAUCGCACCGUUCUCCGAGGUCAAUGGGCGUCGUCCUGUCUUCAUCGCAAGUGGGAUUUUGUUUACUGCGAGUACGAUCGCUUGUGGCAGCUCUCGCAUAUUUGCCGGGCUUUUGGUUGCUCGUUUGAUCCAAGGAGUGGGCGCAUCUACGUUCGCAACCGUGGUGGGCGGCGUGAUCAGUGACUUCUACGAGGCAGAGGACAGGAACACACCAAUGGCAAUAUAUUCCGGAGGCGCGCUUUUUGGCACCGGUCUCGCUCCACUGAUAUCCAGUAUGAUCGUAUACCACACAUCGUGGCGCUGGGUGUACUACUCCCAUGCCAUAGCGGCCGGAUGUCUGGUCGUUCUCAUGCUCCUCUUCUUCAAGGAAACGCGUGGAAACGUAAUCUUACGCGGGAAAGCUCAAGCGUUGAACAAAUAUUACGAUCAAUUGGAAGAGGCAGGGCAUAUUGGGGUGAUGAUAAGUGACAAGGACGAAGCUUGUCGCAUUCGAUGGAAGGUUCAAAGCGACGAACAGCGCGCCUCACUCACCCAAAUGAUUCUUACUUCUUGCUAUCGUCCUUUCAAUAUGCUCGUUACCGAACCCGUGGUUUUUUUCUUCUCCCUUUGGAUUGCGUUUAGCUGGGCAGUUCUCUAUCUCCAGUUUGCUGCGGUUCCAUUGGUUUUCGCGACCAACCAUGGCUUUAAUAUCCAGCAGACUGGCGCUGUCUUCACCUCGAUCUGUGUUGGCGUCAUCCUCAUGACUUCCAUAAGUAUCGUUCAGGAAAAAAUAGCCUCCCGCUUCGGCAUCCUUCCCAAAUCUGCUGAAGGUAGAUUGUACUUUGCCUGUGUUCAGGCUGCCCUUUUGCCUGCCGGGCUAUUCUGGUUUGGAUGGACCUCGUAUCCAUCGAUACCCUGGAUCGUGCCCACAAUAGCCGUUGGGUGCGCAACCAUGGGCAUUUAUUCAGUCUACCUGGCAGUGUUCAAUUACCUGGCAGACACCUAUCAUCGCUAUGCCAGCUCGGCCAUUGCGGCGCAGUCUUGUUGCCGGAACCUCCUCGGGGGUGUAUUUCCGCUUGUUACAAAUGCCAUGUUUACUAACCUGGGAUAUCCAGGAGCGUCUAGUCUCCUUGGCGGGAUCGGGUUGCUUCUGACGCUCGUACCGUGGGUACUUCUGUUCUAUGGACCAAAAAUUCGUGCGAGAAGCAAACUAGCCAGUGAAUUGGCUAAUUGAACCGAAUGAGACGGAGCGGCGCGCCAGCACUUAUAAUAAUGUACCAAUAAUUAAAUGUAGCUAUAUAUGUAAGAAUGUAUUCGUAUAGAAGG